AUGUGAAAAAAUCAGAAAAUAUUGUUGCAGUCGAGAGCACGCAGUGAUUUUCAGGCGUGCAUUUUUAAAAACUCAAAAAGCAUCUAAAAUAUAUAUUCCAAAAUGCCAAAAUCACUCAAAACAUUACUAAUCCUUUCAAUUUUGCCCAUUAUUACCUUGGCAAUUGAUUACGAGGAUACUAUACUGAAAUACCGCGCUUCGCCAAAGCUCACAGGUCCUGUUAAGCUGCUCCACGAUCCUGACGACGCCAUUUUGAAUAAAUUGGACGCCGCGAUGGAAAAGAUAUCCGCCAUUUAUAUGCAGGCAGUUUUUGCGGGAACCCACACACCGGAGAUGGAGGCGCCACUGCGUGUCCUCGAAAUGGAACUAUUUGAACUACUGGAUCAGCUAUACAAGCAGAAUCGUCUCAAGGACUAUAUGAAGUACGAGGCGGAAGUGACGCGACAAAUGAUAAUCUACAAUAUGCUGAAGAGAUUGUUUGGAUACACGCAGGAUAGUGUGGAAGUAGCGCCAGGAAGCUUUUGAUUUAUUUCUUCAAUAGAAACUAAUUAUUAAUUAAGCUAUUAAU